AGGCGCCCCGUCUGCUCUGCCUGCCCGCCUGCCUUCUGUUUUCUCCCAGCUGUUCCUGGAUUGAAGCAGUCGCUCGCAACAUGGGGAAUAUGGCUUGUAUUCCCCAGACACCUGGGAGGUUCAGAUACUCUUUCUCCAGAAAGCCUUCGCUCAGGAAAGAACAAGAGAGCAAGAAAAAACUGGCCGGCCUCUUUGGUUUAGAACCAGGGCAGGAGAGAGACGUCACCUCGGACAAGAUACUCCAGUAUAUUCCUGGAAAGAACCUCACAAGCCAGGAAAACGGGAAAGAAAACUUUGACCAGCGUUUCCCAGCCCUUUUCAAGAAGGGCCGAAGGAAGACCGUGGUGCGGAACCUGGGGAAGAUUAUCUAUUACUCGAAGGUCAAAUUUAAGUUUCAACACUGCCAGGAGGUGAAUGACUGCUACUUAGAACUGUUCCAGGCUUACCUCUAUUUUCAGUCCCUUGGUCCGAAUGGACUCACCUAUCAGGGCCUUCUGCCUUUGAAAGAGCUCCAGCUGAAUGAAAUUGACAACCUAAAAGGGACCGAGGAGGAGGUUCACGCUUUCAGAAUUACAGGUCCCUUGCUGAACCCGUUGAUAGUCUACUGCCCGAACAGGUCAGAGCUGAACUGCUGGCUUUACCACUUAGAGAAGCAGAUCCAUCUGAAUGGAGGGAGCCUCGACUUGCCCUUCCUGGCUCAGAACGACUGGAAGCAAAGCUCUGUUGGGAGGGAGCAGCUGCGGUGGUCUGUGCAGAACGCCCCCGUGAGGGAAUGGAGAGGCACCCAGCGAGAGUCUCUGGGUGACAUCCUCUGCGUCUCUAAAGUGAAGCUGCAGCAUCUGCCCUUCCAGGAACAGCACGACCGCCUGUUGAUCCUCUAUCCUUCCACCCUAGUCAUAGUAUCCGAAGAACGCAACGGCCUGUACUUUAAGGGAGAAUUGCCUCUAAACGCGAUCCAGGUGCAAUUUGAAGAAAACCAGAAGACUUCUUUUCUAAUAGAAGGCCGAUUAAUCAACUCCAUUCGGGUGAUUUGCCCCAGCUAUGAAGAUUACCAAGAGUGGCUGUACUGCCUUAAAACAGCUCAGUUCCGAAAUGCUGAUUCCUCCCUUUCUGGAUCUGAAAGCUUCUCGGGACCAAAACCAACAAAUCUGGGACUGUUUUCCGGCAGUGGGAGAGGCUCCCUCAACUCCGAAGGCCGAACAAACUCCUGGGCGUCGGGAGGGAAGGGAGCGACGUCCACUCACCACUCCCAGAACAGCAUGGGCUCCCUUGCGGAGAGGCAGUUGUUUGGCGUGACUGAAAAUGGGCUGGGUGAAGACUGCCUGCCUCAAAAUGGCCGUUGUCCUGCAAACCCAGUCUUGAUGGCUAAAGGGAUGCCGAAACCUGAAUUGAAAAGGAAAGGAAGUUCUCGGAAGUCCAAAGGCAAAAAUGGCCAGCUGGCCCAACAGCCUCAAUCCAGCAACCAGGACUCAGAGAGGAGCUGCUUCAAACCCACUCCUGAACAUCCCAACGGAGAGGUUUUGUCUCCCGUGUACAAUGAGCCAUACACAGCUUUGGUCCACCAGCAACAUCCAGCUGUUCCCCCGCUGCAUCUGGACAUAAACAAUGUAAAACGGUGGAAUCUGCCGAGAAGUCAGAACUGUACAGCGCCUGAAAACCUGGAGAAGAAACCCCUGUCUUCCUCCCCCAUGUAUGCUGACCCCUACACGCCCAACUCACCCUCUGCACACCAAGCAGCAGACUGCAACUUCAUAGAAGAGUUCCUGAAACGCCACGGUCAGGCUGGCCUGGAGCAGCAGAAUGGCUACCCAGCCAUGCCGGUGUCCGUCCCUGUAUCCCAUCAUCCUCCGCUGCAGAAGAGCGCCCAGCCGUUACUCGGCAACCACUGGCGAGAGCCAACUGCAGCAAAGAGAUUCAGCAUCCCAGGCCCCACGUUGAAUUUGUCAAUGAUGCCUCCUUCUGACCUGGAUUAUUUGGCAACAAGCACUUUAUCGAGGGAUGAAUUUCCAGCACCUUCCCUGCCAGGCUCAGACGAAAGCAUCGGUGCCUACGACCUGCCGGGAAAUGGACGAGAGCGGCUCGACUCGGCCUAUCACGAUUAUGCUGAACUCCAGAGCUUCCAAAGUGACUUCAGUUACGACAAUAUCUGGGAAGCGAAGGAGACGGGGUCCCGCCGGAUUGGUCCAGUCUCCGAGCAGGAGAUUUACCAUUGCUGAAGGACUGCGGCUUGAGCCAAGGAGGACAGUUCAUCCUUUGGCUGCACCAGAAAAAACUUGCCUGCUCACCCCCCACAAUACUCUGUUUCUCUGCCUGGUGUUGCACAAAUCGGAUUGUGAGUUUUUGGGCAACCCAAGACUCAGGAAUGUGGAAAUAGCAGGUCUCUGUCUCUUAGGGAAGGCGGCAAUCUCCCCACCAGUUAUGGUCAGUGCUUGCAACUUAUGAAUCCCUCGUUGCCUGAAAAGGGAGUCUGGAAUUCCAGGGGGGGGAAAGUCUCCCCCCACCUUCUGACUUCUUUUAUCUAUAAUCUAGACUUUGGACUCUGGAAGGGUGGGACUCAGUAGCAAAGGAAAUGCCUUGCAUAGAGAAAGUCCCAGGAUCAAUCGCUGGCAUUUUCAGGUAAAGGAUCUCAGGUGAUGGUCACAACAGUGAGCUUCACAGACCUUGGCACGACGGCUUCGUGUGUUCAUAAGACUCUUGAUCAUGAAGAAACUCUAUGUGGGGGGGUGGGAUACGGUGAGGCUGACAAAUGGGAGAGUACCCUGCAUAAGAAACAAGAAGGCAAGCUAGCGGCCGACAGGGGCGCCCAGCAUAAAAGAGGACGCAGAAGCCUUUGGAUCGGCAAUUCAAGAUGAAGACUUGGGGGGGGGAGGGGCUUGAAAGCAUUGUAGACCCACAAAGGGACACAGCUGGACUCUUUGCCCUUCAGUAUUAGGGAUCUGCAGAUGUGAAACAACCCAGUAGUCACAGAGGUGUUAUCACAGCCCGGGGAAGCAGAGGCGCUGACAGGCAUGCAACAUGCCCGGUUAUCACUGGCUUGGGACGAAAUGAGGACUCUGGAAUGAGUUUGCAGUUGCGAAUCACAAAGAGAUUAAACUCUAGAACGUGGGGAGGAUGGGAGAUCAUGCUUGACAGCUAGUUUUUGAUCUCUUUUAUAGAUGUGUUUCCGCCAAAGUUCGCCACCCCCCCCCCCUCAAAUGUUCAUCCCAAGCUCCUUGUCUUGGAACGUGCUAAAGAAAAAUAUACCUCUGAGCAUGGGCAGGGUCAUCGUGGCUCCAGUGUGCCAGGGAUGAAGAGCCUCCCAUGGCUAAUCUUCGUGUGCCAAAGGAUCAAGGGGUACCUUGGUGGACCGAAGGACCUCUGUGCGGCAGAAUAAGAGAUCCGUGGGCACCGGCAGGCCCAGCGAAGUUCACACCUCUCUGUCCGAGAAAGGCAAACUGCAUACGUGUACCCCCAACUAAGGUUAGGGCUACGUGAGGAGGGGAAGAGGAAGUUUAACCCUUCAACCACUGCUUGGAUUUGCUAACCCAAUGCCACAUGCAUGUACACUUUCUCACUCGUACUAGUGUUUCUAAAGGAUCAAAGACAUGUCCUUUACAGUCGUCACCUUUCCUUCCUUACAGUGCUAAUAAUAGAGGGGGGAGUUUGCUUUUCCUGAGCAAAAUUGAGCAUAGACGGAAGGGGAAAUAGUUCCUCUUCCCUGUGGAGCUCUGAACUUGACUUGGGACAGUACAUUUGAGUAGCUUGCCUUUCCCAGGCAGGCAGGGAUCUGUGCUCUUUGCCAUCUCGGUUUGCCCACCCAGUGCCCUAAAUCAGAAUCAUGAGGAUAGGCGCUCAGUCCUAGCUGCCACCCAGGAUGGUUUAUAAUUGGCUUUUUUUUUGUACCAAGAACUCCUUUGCAUAUUUGGCCACGCCCCCCCCUGAUGUAGCCAAUCCUCCUGGAGCUUACAGUAGGCUCUGUAAGAAGAGCCCUGUAAGCUCUUAGAGGGUUGGCUACAUCAAGGCGGCGUGGCCUAAAAUGCAAAGGAGUUCCUUCUGCAAAAAAAAAAGCUCUGUUUAUAAUAUUGUCUGUAUGACAAGAAAACAUGGCAGCUAGGCAGCCUGGGUUAUCAGUGCCAUUUGCCGGCACUGAGAUAAAGAGGCAGGGGAGGGGGUGGGGGUUUGGUGGAGCCGAGGUGAAGCUGGGGCAUAGCUCCAAAAGGUGGGUCUUCUGUCCCACGGAGACAGCGUGCAAACAAGCUGUCUCCUUUCUCCGAGGCCUCCAGGCAGUCCGAGUUUUCAGCUUCCCCAUUCUGAACUGUGUAAUAUCAGAUCUGGAGGCCGCCAGUGAAUCUUCGUUACUUGAACUUUUGCUUAAUUAUUUUGACAAAUCACAGCAUCUGACAAAGUUUACACUUCUGAGUGGGCUACUUUUAUUUAAAUAUGUAAACACUGGGUGCUUUGGGGCGGGGUAGGUGGGAAGGGAGGGGAAAUCCUAUUUAAUUUUUUAAAAAUACUCCGGGGCACACUCCCUGCUCUAGGGACUGCCUCCUGUUCCCAGCUGGCCCAGCGUUUUACAGCCCUGGGGGCAGCAGCUGGUAUGUUGUUGUAAUGCUAAGUGUACCCUACUUCAGGAAGCAGGAGGAGGGUUUGGUUCCAACAGCAAGAAGGGGCAGGAGUGAGAGUUAUGAAGCAGCCCUGUGUCUGGGAAGGGCUUGAGUCCUGUGGACAUGGCUGAGAACACAGCUGUGUUAGGGCAGUGUUCAAAGGCCUUGGGGGGAGAUUGUGUGUGUGUACUUGUGUGAGUGUGUAUAUCCACAACAGGGAAUAGAGGAAAGCUGAAAUGUAUCAGACUCCAAUGCUGUACAGUUUCUCUUGACCAUUUCUUUGAAGAGCGCACUCCUAAUAAAGUUAAUAUAUCUAA